CCCCAUCAUCACGCUGUCUUCCUUUCGACCCGUCCUCCAUCCUGUUUUCAAUCUGCCUCCAGUGCAGGUCCGCUCGUUUUCUGCAGCGUUCCGCGGUUCAACCUCAUCACCGUCCUCUUCAUCACCUCCACAACAGCCGGAACAGCUCCAAACCGCCAUUGCCAGCGACGACAUCGACCACCCAGUCAACGACAACUCCGAGUACUGUGACUACGACAAACUCAUUGCGGUGGAUGGGAGAGGCGCGACGAUGAAUAUGGGCAGUCAGGCGCAAGCUGGUGAAGAGCUGGGAGAGGUCAUUUCUGAUGAGAUCUCUUUAGACGAUGUGGCGAGCAAGCCGGGCGACAGAGUGCGGGUGUCGUCGGCGUGGAGUCCACCUCCUCACCCCUGGGCAUCGUUGCUGAGCGUGGCUUCGACGAAAGGCUUGCUAGCAGUCGCAGGGCCCGACAGCUUGAUCAUUGCGAGCACCAAGCAAGUGCGCCAGAAACAGUACAUUCCCAAGCGAAAGGAUGGCGCCUCUGGAGAUGAGAAAUACCUUCCAAUCACUGCGCUCAACACCCUGACCGCACCUCGACUGUCACAUGUUGCAUUUACUGCCGAUGAGAGCUGUUUGAUCAUAGCUUCGGAGCAAGGUGGAGGACUCGCUGUGUAUGAGACAGAAGCGCUCACCCGCGGAGGGAAGGAUCCAGCGUUCGAGCUCAGCACGCAAAACACGGGCAUACGGCAUCUCUUACCAAAUCCCAACAAGGAAGCAGGAACUGCGCAUUUCGUGGGAGUGGUAUUGACGAACGGGCAACUGGUCGUUGCAGAUCUGCAAAAACGGGAAAUGGUCCAAGGCGCAAGUGGAGUCGUCUUCCACAGGGACGUGGUAUCAGCAUGCUGGUCGAAGAAAGGGAAGCAAAUCGUGGUCGGCCGACAGGAUUCGACGUGUGCUCAGAUCGAUCCUCUGGGUGUUGUGAAAGCAGAGAUUCCAGCACCACCGCAACUCCGAUCAAUCAAGGACGAUCAAUACCAGUCAGCUCAGAAGAUGCCAGUAACGGCCAUACACUGGCUGGAGACGUACAAGUUCUUCAUUGUAUACACGCCUUUCUUCUCCGCAGACAAUACCGAUGACAUGCUCGUUCACGAUUCAGUCUACUUCAUUGCAGAGAAGAAUGGCAAGGAUGGUCCUUUUGUCUUCAGCAAGUCCUCCAUGGACCCAUGCAUGGUACCGCAGCAGGGACAAGAUCGAGUGCCAGCCAACCACUUCAUACAACGAGUGGGAGCCUGGGAUCCACAGGUGAAGGAUCUUCUUGUCGUGGUAUCGACAGCGUGCAGUGAUGGUGGGACCUUUGUUCAGCUGCAAAACGAGCAGAGCUUCUCUCUUUCAGCCCCACUGGACGAGAACCGGAAAAUAACUUUGCCUAUGAGCAUUUCAGGCGAGGACGAAUCAUCUGCCAUUGGUAUGGCAUUAGACUUCAGCGCUGAAGAGCUCGAACCGCGACCUAUUCCCAACGAUAUUGAUCGCUUUCCGCAGGCGACUAAGCCGCUACCAUGUCUCUUCGUAGUGACCACAGAUGGUAUGCUAUGCAUGUGGUGGGUGGUAUCAAAAUCUGCAGUUGAGCAGGAGAUCAUACAUGCGAACAUGGUCAAUACAUCCGGGCCGUACACGGAUUACCCAUCACUUCGAAAUCUCGCAAGCACCGAGAUUGCAACUGAGGAUAUCCCAGACCAUUAUAAAACUGCGGAAGAAAAGGCAGCUGAAGCAUCCGGCACAAAGCAUGCACAAACAACAACACCAAUGGCAUCGAGCUUGUUUGGUGCCAAGCCUGAGACACCCGCUUCCCCUUCAGGGAGCCUGUUCAGCAAGCCUGCAGCUCCAGGAUUCGGCCAAAGCACGUUCGGGCAGCCCACCACGAUAAGUACGAACCCUCCCUCGACGUCCUCGACCUUUGGUCAGACUACAUUUGGCAAGCCCAACACGCCAGUUGCGCCCGCACAAGGCCAACCUGCGUUCGGCAUGACAAAUACACUGGGAGCGUCGGCAGGAUCUGCCUGGGCCGCGCAAGGCAAAGCAACUUUUGGUUCCACUUCACAGAUUGGCGGAGGCACUGGAUUUGGCAGUGUGGGCGGCAUGGGGUCGACCAAACCGAGUGUGUGGGGCACUCCAAGUGGUACUACUGCGACGACGGGUCAGUCCCCAUUCACUCAGCCAAGUGCAAAGUCGUCGGGCUUUGCUGCGUUUGCAAACAAGACCCCUUUCGGUGGCGCGCAGGCCACUGCGGCCAGCCCGUUCGGUUCUUCCGCACGAAACCAAUCAAGUAAUCCAUUUGCGGCGUCUCCCUUUGGCAAUGGCGCGAAUAACACAGGCACUUCAUUUGCGAGCUCAAGCUUCGGCAAGCCUUCUUUCACGCAGCAGUCAGCCGUGAGCUCUGCAGGGACACUGGGCACAGGCAGCUUUGGAAAGCCCUCCAGCCUCGGUAACCCUUCUUCAUUGUCCAACACAUCUAGUGGUCUUUCCGGACUUGAUGGGUUCAAACUCGGCUCAGGUUUUGUGGGAGAUGGAUCCGCCAAAGAUGAUCUUCCAAAGCCCAAGAAUCCCGGUGGUGACUUAUUCGGCGCGGACUUCUUGGCCGGUGCGGAGGCUAAGAAAUCUGAGGUCAAACCUGAGCCUGGAACCGAAAAGUCAAUGGCUCUCAAUGACAUUCCUGAAUCAAAGUCGUCCGCCAAUGACGGAUCUGGCCUGCCCCCGGAUCCAACCGUUUUCAAUUACAAGAAGGCUCAGGCAGCCAUGGCCCCACCUCCCGGUGUGACGCAGCCACCUUCGAAGCCGAUCGAGGCGCGAGAGGAUGCUACUGCGGCUCCUCUCCCACCGGAUCCGUCGAGCUUCAAUUACAAAAAGGCAUUGGCAGAUAUGGGCCCAACUCCUGGUGCGGCAGCUGCGCAAUCGGAGGAAGUUAAGGACAUUCCAAUUGCAGGUAGUCCACCUCAGAAUAUCACUCAUAGCGAGACGUUCUCGCCUGCUGGCUCUGAAGCUGGUGGUCCGACAGAUGAUGGCAGUGUCGCUUGGGACGAUGAAGAAGAAGAGGACGAAGAAGCUGAUGACGAUGAAGCAGAUGACGAGGAAGGAGAAGGAGACGAAGACGAAGGCGACGAGACGGACGCCAUCGAGACCAAUGAUGAGGAAGGGGACGAUGAAACCGACCAAUUCGAGACUGAGCCCGAAGAAGAGAGUGCACAUGAACAGUCCCGAGAGCAGAACGAACCAGGUGCAAGGUCUAAAUUGGAGGCAGCUUUGAAAGCAUCAAGGUUGGGAAAGUCCGCUCCUAAAUCGCCAGAGACAAGCAAAACGAAGGCUAGCACGACGACGCCAGGGUCGACGGACACAAGCUACACGCCCAAGGAGCUUCCGCCGGGCCCGGUCUUGCAGCCGACUGGUCCAAGGCAGACGGGCGAUAGUCCUCGCUCGCCCAGCCCACAGCGUAGAAUCCAACAACAGCGUGCAGCCACCAAUCCUGUACCCAGCGACUUUUUGAGAAUACCAUCAUCGCAGAUCAAGGUCACAAGCGUGCCACUUGCUACGCCUAUCGAGCGUCCUACACCGCCGCCGCAGCCGAAAGAACCGACGCUUGGCGAACUCGCAGACGACGCAGCUGCUGCUGCCAAAGCGGUGCUUGCAGCACCAAUCGAGCCCACCAAAAAGAUCCCGGAUUUCUUCGUUCACCAAGACUAUGUUGCUGGUGUAGACACCCCUGGCAUUGGAGGACAAAUAGAGAUUGUCUUUCGAGAUGUCAAUGCCAUGGUCGACGUAGUCGGUCUCAACGGACGUUCGUUGCAGUCAUUAAUAGAGGGACAUAAGCAGCUGAGAAAACCAGGCCAACGAAGCGUGAAAGACUUGGAGGAUGAUGACGCCUGGACCUUGGCUGAGAUGAGCGAGCUCAGCGAAGUUAUGGAUCACAUUGAUAAGCAGUUAGCCAAUGGCAAACUCGUCAAUGUUCCAGACUUGCUAGCGAGGCUGAAGGAGGAACACGAGGACAUCAAUAAGACUCGGACAAGAACGGUGGAGAUGCGCCGACAAAUUGCACAGCACACCGAUCCCGCGAGAGUCGCUGAACGCGAUGCUGCGCCCUUAUCUGCCGAAACUCUUCACCAGCAGAGCGAUCUUCGUACGCGUCUACAAAGUGUGCAGAAGCUUCUUUCCGAAGCAGAACAAAUGGUCACCAUGCUCCGGGCCCAACUCUCUUCCCUCCAAUCCAAAAACCCCAAAUCGGGUCAAGCGGCGCCUGUACCUACCGUCGAAGCGGUGGAACGCACCAUCCUGAAACUGACAGCCAUGGUCCAACAAAAGUCUGGAGACAUUGACCACCUGGAAAGCCAGAUCAGAAGUCUACCUGGAGGCAUGGGAGCUCUGCGCCUCGAUGACGACUACGAGGAAGAUCUCGCAGCACGCCUUGGUGGUUCCAAAUUGCUUUCGCUCGCAGAAUCCGUCGGGAGAAGGCGCACACCACAGAAGUAUCCUCGCAUGGCGGCCAACGGUGAUGCGCUCGGUAUGAGCGCCAUGUUCGGCGUCAGUACCAGAUUUCAAACUCCGCCGAGUGCGAGCAUCCGUGGCAGCCCGAGUUUCCGAGCCAGUGCCCUGGGGCGCAGUACGGGUAGCUUGAGCGGUAGUGCGCGAAAGAAGAUGGUGGAUGUCACGGAGCAGGAAAUUGAGGCGUUCCGGACGAGAACGCAGAGGAGGAAAGAUGUGUUGAAUGCUCUGAAUGAGAAGGUGGAAAAGCGUGGGACGAGGGUGGUGAAACCGCAGUAGAGGAGAGCGAGAAGCAAGCUGCGGGUUGCAUUUUUGAGCUCUUGGCGCUUUGGUCGGUUAGUCAGUCAGUCAGUCAGUCUGCAUAUUAGAGGAAUGAGGAUUUUGUGCGGGGUGUAGGAUAGGCAUAGCGCAAGACCUAGUACGACACGACAAAAGACCGGGAGUGUAACGAUUAGCAGUUAGUUCAAUACAGCCUACUUAGCCAAGGUAUUGAGGGGUCUGCAAGAUACGAGUUUG